AUGUUUGGCACGAGUGAUACAAUAUGUCGUGAUCUCCUUAGGAUGAAAAUAGGUCCAUUUCAAAGAUUAUGUGCUCGUUUGCGAUCUUAUGGAUUGGUUGACAGUAAAUACGUUCGAAUUGAGGAACAAUUCGCAAUUUUUUUGAAUACAGUCGGGCAUGACCAACGUGAUCGCGCUGGACGUUUUACUUUCUUUCGCUCUGGUCAAACAGUGAGCUUUUACUUUCACAGAGUCUUACACGCUUGUCUUGGAUUGUAUAGAGAUGUUGUGAUUAAUGCCACUCCUCAUAACUCACCAUACGAAAAAGAAAAUUAUUGUUUUUUAAAGGAUGUUGUAGAAGCAAUCGAUGGUACACAUAUAGCUGCGUAUGUGCCUUUAGAGGAGCAAGGUAAAUAUCGCAAUAGAAAGCAAGUGAUUUCCCGAAAUGUUUUAGUAGCUUGCACAUUUGAUAUGAAAUUUACCUACGUGCUUGCCGGUUGGGAGGGAUCCGCACAUGACGGUCGAUUGCUACGGAGUGCAAUAUUACGCCAAGGACAUAAGCUAACAAUUCCUAUUGGUAAAUAUUACCUUGUUGACGCUGGCUUCCCAUCGGUUUCGGGUUUUCUUGCACCAUACCGUAGGACUCGUUAUCAUCGUAGAGACAUUGAAGGUCAACGUCCUGAAAGUAGCAAGGAGUUGUUCAAUUUUCGACAUUCAUCUCUACGCAAUGUUAUUGAGCGUACAAUUGGUUUGCUGAAAAAAAAGAUUUGAAUAUUGAGAUAUCAACCCUAUCACGGCAUUGACACACAAGCAAAGAUAUUCCUUGCCUGUUCUGCCAUCCACAACUUCUUAAGGAUUGAUGAUGUUGAAGAUGUAUGUGAGGAGGACGACUUAGAUAGUAGUGACGAUGAGGUUAACCCUACGCAUAUUAAUGUACUUGAAAAUGAAACUCCAAAUGCUCACAUAUCUUUCACAAAUCAGGAAGUGUGGUCUAAUAAGAGGAAUGCGAUUGCUGAUUUAAUGUGGGAUGAUUAUCUUUCCAAUCAGAAUG